CGUGGUUAUUUCUCAUUGAUUUCAACGUUUAUCCAGAAUUGCACAUGUGAUUUAAUUUUAUAUUUUCAAAGAUGUUUUUACAAAGUUUGACAACUUUUAUUAAGAAAAAGAAAAAUUAUGCUGAGAAACUUGCGUCUUUUGAGAUUGAUAAAGAACCAAACAAAGAUGAGUACAAAAGAAUUUUAGAUAUUUUGUGUGAAUUCUUAAUGAAUCCAAAAUCUACAGAAGAUGUUGCUGAAUGUUUUCCACAAUUAUUGCCUAUAUUAAUCUCUACAAGUAUCUCAAUGGAAAAAAUUUCUUUUGAUGAUGGAGAUUCACUUCAUAAAUUAAAUUCUGUCAUUUUAGGAAAAUUACUUUGCAAAAAUCAAGAUCUGUUAAUAUUUGUUCUACAUUAUUUUGAGUUAAAUCCAGCUCCAUUUGAAUCUAUAGAAGUUGAUUAUAGUCCAUCUUCAAAACGACGUAAUAAACGAAAAAUAAUAUCUUUUGUAGAAGUAUCUGAUUAUGAUUUAGUAACUGCCUGUUAUGAUAUUCUAUGUAGUGCUUCAAUGCAUUUUAAACACAUAUGGAAUUGGUCUAAAUUUUAUAAAUAUUUAAUUCAUGAAGAUGAAGGUGUUAGAUGGAUAGCGAUAAAUUGCAUUGCUAUUGUGUUAGGAAUGUCGGAAUCUUGCUAUUUAUCUUGUGCAAAUGAUUUCCUUUCAAAAAUUCAACAAUUCUCUACUGAAAGUAAAGAAAUUAAUAAAAAUAAUAUAACAUUUGAAGAUACCAAAGAAAUAGAUCAAAUUUUUGAUGUACCUUCAGUAGUAUCUAUUGGAGGAAUAUUACUUCCAGUAUUUAAAAAAUCUAAAUGUAAAAAUAAUUUGAAUCUUGUUCCUGUACCAUCUACACGACAAAACUUGCAAAACUUGGCUUUUGCAAUAUCUUCAAAUAAUUGUGUAUGUUUACAAGGUGCAGUUGGUUCAGGAAAGACUGCAUUAGUAGAAUUUUUAGCGCAUGCUACUGGCCAUGAUGCGCAAAAUUUUGCAAAAGUACAAUUAGGUGAUCAAACAGAUUCUAAAAUGUUAUUGGGAAUGUACAGAUGUACUGAUAUUCCUGGAGAAUUUUUAUGGCAACCAGGGAUAUUGACUGAAGCUGUGUUAUCUGGCAAAUGGCUACUUUUGGAAGAUAUUGAUUGUGCUGCUUCAGAUGUUCUUAGUGUAAUUGGACAACUUGUAGAAACUAAAACAUUAUCAGUUCCUGGUUACAGAGAUUUAAUACACAUAAAAAGUGGAUUUCAAUUGUUUGUUACAAGAAGAUUGAUUUCUGGAGGAACACAAAAAUCACUUCAAAUACCAAUACAGAAAGAAUGGUCUUGUGUUAAUGUAGAAUCUUUAUCAAAAAAAGAACUCGUGACAAUAGUUCAAACUUUAUUUCCAGUAUUACAUACAGUAGCUACAAGGAUUGUUGAUGUAUUUUUAUUAUUUUCUGUUGGAAAUCAUGAAAAUGAAAUUGAAAUGAAUAAUAUGAAAAAUUCUAGACAAAUCUCUACUAGGGAUUUGAUUAAGUGGUGUUCCAGAGCUAUUAUUGAUUUUGAUGUAUCUUCACCUAGUUCGGCAUUGAAGAUCUUUCAAGAUUCUUUAGAUGUUUUUUGUUGUUCUAUAUCAAAUUCUGUACAACGUUUAAAUUUGGCAAUAGCAGUAGCACAUAAAUUAGGUAUUGUAAAAACAAAAGCUGAAUUUUUUGCUGAAAUAUAUAAACCAUCUGUAAAUGUUCACGAAAAAUGUCUCAUUGUUGGUAGAGCAAAGUUAGAAAUAAAAAAAUCUGACAGGGUUAAAUUAGAAUCAAAAAAUUCAAAUUUUUCUUAUACAAGACCAUCUGUUUGUCUUUUAGAACGAAUAGCUAGUUGUAUUAUUCAAAAAGAGCCAGUUCUUUUAGUUGGAGAGACUGGAACAGGCAAAACAAGUUGUGUACAAUAUCUUGCGCAAAUAACAGGUCAUAAAUUAAUAGUAAUAAAUAUGAAUCAACAAAGUGAAAGUACAGAUUUACUUGGUGGUUAUAAACCAGUAGAUCUUAAACUUUUGAUCCUUCCAAUUCGUGAAGAAUUUGAAAUUUUAUUUCGAUCAUAUUUUGCAAUUGAACCAAAUCUAAAAUUUUUAAAUCAUAUUGGAUAUUGCUUUGAAGAAAGAAAAUGGAAGACAUUAACUACUUUAAUGAUUCAUAGCACUAAUGCUGCUUUGAGAAGAUUGAGAGCAUCUAUGAAAAAUCAAGAUGAAGUAGAAGUUUUAAAGAAAUGGGAAAAAGUAGCACAAAAAUUAGAAAAACUUCAAUCUCAAGUGCAAAGUCAAUAUUCCUUAGCAUUUUCUUUUGUAGAAGGUAGUUUAAUAAAAGCAUUAAAGAAUGGAGAUUGGGUUUUAUUAGAUGAAAUUAAUUUGGCUACUGCAGAAACAUUGGAAUGUCUUUCUGGUUUAUUGGAAGGAUCCUGUGGAUCUCUAUCUUUAUUAGAGCGCGGAGAUAAAGAACCUAUAAAAAGACAUAAAGAUUUUGCAAUAUUUGCUUGUAUGAAUCCUGCAACAGAUGUUGGUAAAAAAGAUUUGCCAGUAGGAUUGAGAAAUAGAUUUACAGAAUUUUUUGUUGAUGAACUUAUAGAGAAGUCAGAUUUGCAACUUUUAAUAAGUUCAUAUUUAAAUGAUUUGAAUCUUCCAUCAGGAAAAAUUGAAAGCAUUGUCAAAUUUUACUUAAAUGUCAGAAAAGAAGCAGAAAUUACUCUUCUUGAUGGAACUGGGCAUAAACCACAUUAUAGUUUGAGAACUUUGUGUCGUGCUUUAAAUGUAUCUGCACAAAAUCCUUGUGCAAAUGCAAUGAGAUCUUUAUAUGAGGCAUUUUGUUUAAGUUUUCUAACACAACUAGAUAGUAAUUCUUAUCCAAUAGUACAUAAAAUGAUAGUAAAAGCUAUUUUAGGGGAUAAAAAUGCGAGUGCUAUUAUUGGAAUUCCAAUUCCAAGACCACAUGGUUUUGCUGAUAGUUUUAUCUGCUUUGAAGGCUAUUGGAUUCCUAAAGGUGAUCUUGAUCCACAAAUUCCAGAAAAUUAUAUUCUUACAGAAACAGUCAAACAAAAUUUGAAAGAUUUGGUACGAGUAGUAUCAAUAGGUAAAAUACCUGUACUAUUGCAAGGUGAUACUUCUGUUGGAAAAACUAGUUUAAUUACAUAUUUGGCAAAAGCUUCUGGACAUGUCUGUGUUAGAAUUAAUAAUCAUGAACACACUGAUUUGCAAGAAUAUGUUGGUACUUAUAUAGCUGAUUCUACUGGAAAGUUGGUCUUUAAAGAGGGUGUUCUAGUAGAUGCUAUGCGAAAAGGAUAUUGGAUAAUUUUGGAUGAAUUAAAUUUAGCACCUAGCGAUGUUUUAGAAGCUUUGAACCGAGUUCUUGAUGAUAAUAGAGAAUUGUUUAUUCCUGAAACUCAACAAGUUGUAAAAGCACAUAAUAAUUUCAUGUUAUUUGCUACUCAAAAUCCUCCAGGUUUAUAUGGUGGAAGAAAAAUGUUAUCACGUGCAUUUCGAAAUAGAUUUGUUGAGUUACAUUUUGAUGAAAUUCCAUCUAAAGAACUUCAAAUAAUUUUACAUAAAAGAUGUAAAAUGCCAGAAACAUAUUGUAAACAAGUAAUCAAUGUAAUGACAGAACUUCAAAUACGAAGAAAGAGUACUGCAACUUUUGCUGGAAAGAAGGGUUUUAUAACUCUUAGAGAUUUGUUUCGUUGGGCUGAAAGAUAUCAUCUCGCACCCGAUACUGGAGGUACUUUGUAUGAUUGGAGUCAACAUUUAGCUGAUGAAGGAUAUUUAGUUCUUUCUUCAAAAGUUCGUCAUCCUGAUGAAUGUUUAGAAAUUAUACAAGUAUUAAAGAAACAUUUAAGAAGAGAUGUCGAUCCAGAUGCUCUAUUUUCACUUUCUGAAAAAACUUCUACUGUUACUAAGCCAAUUUUGGAAUCUCUUUUGUCAAAAAAAAUUCCAGGAUUUGAACAUUUAGUUUGGACAUAUCAGAUGCGUAAAAUGGCAGUACUUCUUUCAAAAGCCUGUGAUUUCAAAGAACCAGUUCUUUUAAUUGGUGAAACAGGGGGUGGCAAAACUACUGUUUGUCAACUAUUGUCUGUAAUUAGACAACAGGAACUUAGUAUUGUCAAUUGUCAUAUGCAUACAGAAGCUUCAGAUUUUCUUGGAAGUCUUCGUCCAGUUAGAGAACAUGGAGAAAAUCAGAAAUUGUUUGAAUGGGUUGAUGGUCCUUUAGUAAAAUCUAUGAAAAAUGGAGGCUUUUUUUUGAUAGAUGAAAUUUCUUUAGCGGAUGAUAGUGUACUUGAGCGACUGAACUCCCUUUUAGAACCUGAACGUAAACUUUUAAUCGCCGAAAAACCAUCGUCCGAAGAAAAUGCAACAGUCACUGCUCAUGAAAAUUUUAUUUUUGUUGGUACAAUGAAUCCUGGCGGUGAUUACGGUAAAAAAGAACUUUCACCAGCCCUUAGAAAUAGAUUUACGGAAAUUUGGUGCGAAGGUUGUGUUUCAAUGGAUGAUCUUAAAUGCAUUAUAGAACAUAAUUUACAUAAGGAAUUCAAGAAAAAUGUUUCUACAGCGAUAAUAGAGUUUAUUAAAUGGUUACAAUCUAUGGAAAUAGGAAAGAAACUUGUUGUUAGUGUCAGAGAUAUACUUACAUGGGUCAAUUUUGUUAAUUGUUGUGAAAAUUUAAAAAUAGGAGAUGCCUUCUUCCAUGGUGCAGCUUUAAGCUAUAUUGAUGGACUUGGAUCUGGUUUGACCGCUGCAGAAAAUUCAAGAAAAUUAAAAGAUUUUAAGGAUUCAGCAUUGAAAUUUAUUCAACAGCAAAUACAAAAUACAUUAAAAUCUGAAUUAAUAUUAAAUUAUAAGGAAUUUGAUAUUGAAUAUCAUAAAGAUAAAUUUGGAAUUCAUCCAUUUUACGUGAAAAAGGGGAAUGAACAAAUUCCAAACAAUAUACAAUUUGCUUUUUCAAGUCCAACAACAAAAAUGAAUACUCUAAAAGUUUUACGUGCUUUACAAUUAAGGAAACCAAUCUUAUUGGAAGGUAGUCCAGGAGUUGGCAAAACUAGUUUAGUUUCUGCACUUGCUAGAGCAUCUGGACAUCAUCUUCUUAGACUAAAUCUAAGUGAUCAAACAGAUAUUUCGGAUUUGUUUGGAGCUGAUUUACCAGUGGAAGGAGGGAAGCCUGGUGAAUUUUCAUGGAGGGAUGGUCCCUUUUUAAGAGCUCUCAAAAAUGGAGAUUGGAUUCUUCUGGAUGAAUUAAAUCUUGCGUCCCAGUCAGUUCUCGAAGGAUUAAAUGCCUGUCUUGAUCAUCGUGGUGAAAUUUAUAUUCCAGAAUUAGGAAUGUCUUUUAUUGUGAAGUCAGGAACUCGAUUAUUUGGCUGUCAAAAUCCUCUUCGUCAAGGUGGAGCUAGAAGAGGUCUUCCAAAGUCAUUUUUGAACCGUUUUACACAAGUUUUUGUAGAUGCUCUCGAACAGAGCGAUUUAAAGUUCAUUCUAAAUGUUCAAUUUCCGGAAUUAUCAGAAGAUUUACUCGAUAAGAUGAUACAGUUUAAUGAAGAAUUAAGCUCUCAGAUUGGAAUUACCUGGGGCCAUUCAGGAUCACCUUGGGAAAUGAAUCUUAGAGAUGUUACCAGAUGGUGUGAAAUAAUGAUGGCAGGUUUUAGAUUGAGUAAAGAAAAAAUAUUCAAUCCUGGAAAUGGUGCUCAGUUAAUUUAUAUAAACAGAAUGAGAACAAAUGAAGAUAAAAAAAAGAUAAUCGACAUAUAUAACAGGAUAUUUUCGCAGAAUGAUUGGCAUUUGCCAGAUCCAGAAUUUCCAAUUUACUUGACGAAAGAGAAGAUUUUUUUGGGAGAUGAAGUAUUGGAUCGUAACGAUUCUGCGAUUUAUGAAAACAAUGAUUUGCUACUUCUAAGGGAGCAGAAAAUUAUUCUUAAAGGACUUGCACAAUGUGUUAACAUGAAUUGGAUGUCUAUUCUCGUUGGAGGAUCUGGAACCGGGAAAAGUAGUCUCGUUCAUCUUCUCGCAAAUUUGACUGGACGGAAGCUCAAAUCGCUCGUCGUAAAUUCUGCAAUGGACACUACGGAAAUUUUGGGUGGCUUCGAACAGACGGAUUACGAUCGACACUUGGAGGAAUUGUUGGAGCGGGUGGAGGCACUGUUGAUCGGGAUCCUGAGGAAGAAUUUGAGGAAGGAGUGUUUGGAUCAGGUGGCCCACUACCAUGCCCUCCUGGAGAACGUUCGACAUUUGUCCAAAGACGGGGGUGGAGGGGAAACAAUGGAGACGAGCAUGUCGUCCGAGACGAGGCUGUUCCUACGUAAAACCGAGGAAUUAUCGAGGCUCGUGUCCGCGAUGAAAAGGCUCGAGGUCCACCGCGAGAUUUCGGAAUUACACGAGAUCGAGAAAAGGCUGACCGAUCUAUCGAUCGCCGUGAACAAGGACAGAUGCCUGAACGCCGGUGGAAAAUUCGAGUGGGUGGACAGCGUGCUGGUGAAAUGUCUGAGGAACGGCACGUGGUUACUGCUGGACCAGGUGAAUCUCUGCAGCCCGGCAAUUUUGGAUCGAUUGAAUGGGUUGCUGGAACCGAACGGCGCGCUAACGAUCGGGGAGAAGGGUGUCGAUGAGAGCGGGGACGUGUUCACGGUGAGGCCUCACAAGGACUUUCGCCUGUUCCUCGCCAUGGAUCCACGCCACGGGGAGAUAUCCAGAGCUAUGCGCAACAGGGGCGUAGAAAUUAGCAUACCGACCCCUCAAAAUCACGGGCCCCUAGAUCGACUGGACGUGGUGUCUUUGUUGAACAAUUGCGGGAUCUGGAACUGGGCCCAUCGUAAUUCGAUCCUGGAAAUUCAUCGAUCUUUGUACGAGAACCGAUACCGAUUGAACGAGAUGUUGCAAGUUGCUUCGUUCACCAGCCGACAGAUGUCGAAGGGAUUCUCAUUCGAAAGAUCGUUGAGGAACUCGUGUCGCGAGCUUUGCGCCACGCUCGACGCGAGAUCGAGGCACCAAGCUUGGGACAAGAUCGAGGGAAUUUUGUCCGAGGAAAAUGGAGAGAACGGGGAACGAGUCCAUUUUCGUUACGAUCUCGACGCUCUUACGUUGAGAUUAUGCGAUCUUCGAACGAACUCGAGGCUGGCGAUCAUCAAACAACAGGGAUUCCUUUUCAAGUCUGUCGUGGAGAAGCUCAGAGACGAUCCGGAGAAAAUCGAUCUCGGGGAUUUGUUCGAUGAACCGCCCAUCACGGAUACAAAGGAGUUUUUGAAACACCUUCUACUCGACUUUUACGAACAUUCUUCCAUAGACGAUCUACCGAUCAGACGAUUAUGGAGCUCGAACAUUUUCUCGAAGAACGAGUUGGAAGAGUUUGGAAGAACGAACGAAUGUUUGGCCAAGAAAGUGGAGAAUUCGAAACUUUUAUUCGAGUCCGGUUCGGACGUCCCAUUGUACUUGAUCGAACGUUCCACGCUCGCUAAUAAUUUGUCCAUUAAGCUCUACUUUCAAUUGAUGAUUCUCGAUAGCCAGUCGGGGAAUAGAAAUGUUGAAGACGAUGAAGAUGUUAUUCGAUUGAAGGAAUAUUCGUCCGCCGUUUCCUCGGGAAGAUUGUCGACCAACCUGAGACACGAGACGUUGAUAUUGAAAUUCGCCGAGAUGACGGAACAGUGCCGAGUUAUCGUGGACACGAUCCUGGAGCACGGGGAUUUACCGAUAGACGGUAAAACAUGUCUCGAGUUACGGGACGAGUUGAAGUGGUACAAAAGGUUCGACGCGCAAGGCGCUGCGAGAUUGGUGGACAGAUCACGUGGCACGUUCUUCGAUCUACGCGAGAUCAACUCCUCGUUGAUCGUCCAUUACAAAUGGUUGAUCAAAUCCCUCCGACGAUUGUUCUCUCUCCUCCCCCCCUCCCACCAUCUCCACCAACGAUUGUCCGAGUUCUCCGCCCGAUUCUUCCACCUCCACGAGGGGGGGGACAAGUAUCGAAAAUUGCGAAAGAAGGUGAGAAGCCGUCUCCCCUCCGUCCCUUCCCCCCACCACUCCCACGAACGAAUCGCCUUCCUCGAGAAACUCAGAUCCGCGUCGAGAAAGUUGGAGAUAAACGAGGAGGAUUCCCUCGAUCCGUCCAGGACGAGGUUGAAAAUCGCCUCGAUACGACACGGCCAAAACUCGACGGCGAGGGAUACGUUGACGAGGAUCUGGAUCGAGGAUUGGAAGAUGGCGGACGAUCGUUGGAUCGAGGACAAGGAUCGGGAGAUCCGUCGAGUGGACGAGAGCAUAUUGGAAUUGAGGAGCGAGUCGGCCAUUUUCACACCCGCGUGGAGGGAAAGCGUCGAACUGUGCCCCAUCUACGAGUUCUUUUUCCUAGUUCUCGCGCAUCGGUUUCAGCGAAAGUUGUGGGACGAGUACUCGAGGAACGAUGAUUUCCAAGGAGAUGAUUUGAAAGAAAGGGAUUGGAAAAUUUGGGUGGGGGGCGCGUUGAGGAUAUUCGAGGGAGUGGCCACGAUACCUGGACGGUUGAUCGGCUUGAUGACAGUUCUGAGCGAGGAGAGGGGGAGGAGGAUCCCUGCCAUGCUCCACGAGUUGUUCAACGGGCUCGAAGAUUUCACGGGGAGAUCCUUCUCUACCGGGAACUCGAACGUUUUUCUACGCUGUUUGAAAGAGAACGAGAAGGAGGAGGAGGGCUGUGAUGAUUUCCAGACGAGCCUCGUGAAAAAAUCGACCCUCUGCCAUCUCCUGUACGAGCUCUUCUCUCCCGAUCGAGGGGAGGGCGCCACUUUCGGAAACUACGAAAGCAGGAAGAAAUUGUUACUCGCCGUUCGAGCCCUGCUAUGGAGGAACUCCUCCGCCCUCAACUCGACCGAAUACGACGUCUCCUCCAACGACUCGGCCCUCCUACGAUUCUACAUAAACUAUUACCUGUCCACCGUGGACGAGGCCACGAUAGAACUGAAUCUGAACGAGAAAGAAGAUACCGAUCUGACGAAUCGUCUCCUCUCCCCUAUGAACGCGUUACGAGACAUCGCGCGGAGUUUGGAAACCCAGGACGACCCGGUCAGCAGGGGGAGAGGAUGGAUGCUGCUCGGCUACGUCCAACUGUUCCUGUUCGCCGAUCUCGGACCCAUCGACCCGGUCCGAAAGGCGGCGCUGAGAUCGAGAUACCUCGGCGAGAACGUGGCCGAGUUGAAGCGCUCGGUCCUGAUCGAUCGGUUGCAAUCCACGAUUCUGGGCGAUAAACGUUGUUCGGUGAGGACGAAUCGGUUGAAGGAAGCGAGGGAUCGGUCGGAGAGGUCGGGCGACCACCCGGUUAGGCCCCCCUCGAGACUGUUCUCCGAUUUAAGGGAGGAGGUGGAGAAUUUCUCUCGCAACGUUGCCUCUUUUCGUUCCACGUUCGACCGAGUGGAACGAUUGAACGAGCUCGCGAUCGAACGGUCGGAAAAUGAAACCGAGGAGAGGCUGAGGUUGUCGAGGGAGAGAUUGCACGAGGCGGAGAUCUGGAGGAGAUCUUUGGAAAGGUUCUCGGCAAAGUUGGAGAGGAAUUAUCUGCCAGGUUUCCCAGACCUCGUCUCGCCCAUCGUCACCGCCGUCUCGAGCCUCCGCCACGGAUUGUCCAUCUUGACCAACCCUAACCACAGCGCUCGUCCUCUCUCUCACGACCUCCUGCGUUUCCCCGUGGCCGGCAAGUGCCAAGAGAAUUACCUGAACCUGGUUAAACUGUGCUCCGUGGACCCCGGCUCGAGAAUGGCCAAGAUCGCUCUGAUGGAGCUCGAGAAUUUGUCGCUGGCCGCCAGGACAGGAGGAGAAACGGAUUCCUUGAUGGAGCAGUUGGUGAGGAUCCUGGACGGGAUCAGGAUGGCAUGGAGGGAGCGGGAGAAGCGGAGGGAGGAGGAGGAGAGGGAGAGGGAGAGCCUGUUCAGAAGCAAGAAGAAGAAAGAGAAAAAGGAGGAGGAGGAGAUUGAGGAGGAGUUCAGAGACAUGUUCCCUGAUCACGGAUCCGGAGACUUUCUCGACUUCAGGGAAGAAGGAUUGGAGAGCUCGAAUCCUGGAGAAGAGAGGGGAACCGAGGAGGAGAUGUCGUGGAGAGACGCGAGGAUCGUGCGCGAGAUUCACUCGAGCGUUCUGCGAAAUUGUUGUUUCGAGGAUCCAGGAUUGGAGCCCGAUUUCCUUCGUCCAUUGGCCCAAAGGUACGAGUUAUUGGCGCGUGGGAUGAAAACGUGGCCCGAGGACGUCUCCUCCCGACUGUUGUCCGCUCUGAACGUCGUGCUCGUCCCACCCUCCACCUCUCUCGAGAGGGGAGAGACGUACAACUUCUACAAGAACCCGAACGUGGACGAGGUGGAACGUUGCCGUCCCCUGUUCGACCGACUCUCGGCCAGGAUCGACGAGUUGGCGAGCGAAUGGCCCGAGAACCCGCUGUUGAACUCGAUCAGAACGAUAAUCGACAGGGUGCACGGUUUCCCCAUCGAGUCCCCUUUGUCCAGAUACCUGACAGGCGUGGAACUGUUGUUGGCCAAGAUGAAACAGUGGGAAGAGAACGCGCGCCACGACGUCAGCUUGGCCGAGUUCAUCGAAUCUUUCGGCGGCGCUGUGCUGCGUUGGAGGAGGCUCGAGUUCUCGAGAUGGAACGACACGUUGGAGUUGGUCGAGGACGAGUCGAGGGCCGAUUCCUCGAAAUGGUUCUACCUGUUCGACCUGACGGACGAGUAUAUGAUGAACAGUGGAGACGAGUCGAGGAGGUUGAUCGAAACUUUGCAACGUUUCUUGACCGAGUCCUGUCUGAUCGAGUUCGAGGACAGGCUCCAGUUGAUCCGUCUCUUCCAUCUCCACCACUCUCGCACCAGCUUCGAGAACAGGAACGAGAACAGGAGGAAGGAGUUGCUGGCCGUGCUGUGGAACGUUCACCUUUAUUACGCCCGAUUCCUGGACGACGUUCGAGCGAGGAUCAAAGCCUCCAAGGAGCCCAUCGCGAAGAAGUUGAAGGACGCUAUCAAGAUCGCUAGAUGGAACGACUCGAGCUAUUGGUCGGUGAGGAACACCGGCGACAAGACGCGCAGGACGCUGCACAAAUUCGCCAGGGAGUACCGUAAGUCUCUGGCAGAGAACGUCGCAGCUCACCUCACUCUGAAAUCCUCCUCCUCGGGCACAUCUUCCUCAGGGAGAUCCUCCUCCUUAGGGAGAGCCUCAGGGAGACCCUCCUCCUCAGGGAGAUCCUCCUCCUUAGGGAGAUCCUUAGGGAGAGCCUCAGGGAGAGCCUCCUCCUUAGGGAGAGCCUCAGGGAGAUCCUCCUUCUUAGGGAGAGCCUCAGGGAGACCCUCCUCCUCAGGGAGAGCCUCAGGGAGAGCCUCAGGGAGACCCUUCUCCUUAGGGAGAGCCUCAGGGAGAUCCUCCUUCUUAGGGAGAACCUCAGGGAGAUCCUCUUCCUUAGAGAGAGUCUCAGGGAGAUCCUCUUCCUUAGAGAGAGCCUCAGGGAGAUCCUCCUCCUUAGAGAGAGCCUCAGGGAGAUCCUCUUCCUCAGGGAGAUCCUCUUCCUCAGGGAGAUCCUCUUCCUUAGGGAGAGCUUCAGGGAGAGCCUCAGGGAGAGCCUCCUCCUUAGGGAGAGCCUCAGGGAGAGCCUCAGGGAGAUCCUCCUCCUUAGAGAGAGCCUCAGGGAGAUCUUCCUCAGAGAAAUCCUCCUCAGGGAGAUCCUUCUCCUCAGAGAGGAGGCUACCAUUCCAACUAACCGAUUUCUUGAUCGAUCUGGAUCGAGACGCGUGCUCGAUCGAGUUGGGCGCACGAAGACUGGAGAGAUUGGGGGUGAAGGCUCGCCGACACUGCGAACGAGUGAUCUCGAGCCACGACUACUCUCGAAUUCGAAGAGACAUCGAGGCGUUCAUCGAGGAUUGCCUGGAGGAGGUGGAAACGUUGAGGAUGGAGGAAGGGGGGCGGUCGAAGGGCACGGCGCAGAGGAAGAGGAUGGCGUUGGCGAAUUACUUCAAAACGCUGACGAGCCGCCUCGGCGUCUCGUACAGGAUCGGGGCGCUCGCAUGGAAGAAUCGGAGGGACGAGGUGGUGAAUCUCGCGUGCAGCCCCCUGGAUCUGCGCGAGUUCAUCCUUGGGGACGAGUCGUUUCCUCGGAACGAAAGGAGAGGACUAGGAAAGGGACUGGCCGAGGAGUGGUCCGAUUGCGACAGGUAUUACUACGGUUCCAUGGCCAAGUUGAACUUCCUCGACGGGAUGCUGAACAGCGGGAGGGCAAAGUUGGGCGCGGGGGACGCGGAGCGCUGCCGCGGCCUCUCCGCCCACCUGGCCCUCCUCGCCCACCGCCAGAAAGAGGCGAUCGCCGACCUCUCGAACGCGUUGCUCCCUUUCCAUCUCCAAGUGUCCAACCUCGCCUCGAUGACGAGCAUCGUCGAAGGGGAGGAGGAUCCCUCCAAAGUUUCGUUGGAGGGGACGAAGGAAGAUGAAAGAUGGGAGAUGCUGAGGGGAGUAAUUCCAGCGCAGAGGGAAUUUCGAAGGGCGGCGAACGACUUCCAACGAUUGUUGGAGGUGUUGCAGAUAUCCCUGAAGCAGUUGCUAGUGUUUUUGGAGAGUUGUCCAAUGACGGAGGAGGGGGAGGGUGACUUGGAUUUGAACGAGGCGCGCGUACCGGCGUUGAGGGACGGGAGCGUAGCGAGGGAAGCAGCUGGUUCGAUCAAGGGUUGCCUGGAGUCGGUGAGGGGGAUAGCGAGCGAGUCGAAUCGGUGGAUCUCGGUGGAGAGGAGGGUGGAACGAUCGGGUGGAGGGGCGUUGCUGGCCCACCGGGGCCGCGUCGAAUUCUUGGGGGCGAGUUAUCGACGGAUCGAUCGAAUAAAAAGGGAGCUGGCCGAGUUGGGGCGGGCGUUCACCGACGAUCACCCGAUCGUCGAGAGCGUGCGUUUUCUGAUCGGGAGGAUCGAGGAGAGCAACGAGGUAUUUGGAUCGGUAGCCUCGGUGGGACAAGCGACUUGCAAUGAGUUGCAAGAUUCGAGGAGGAAGGGGUACGAGGAGAAGUUGGACGCGUUGGUCACCCAGAUCCUACUCGUCGUUCAGAAGAGGGUUCAGGAUUGCCGGGAGAGCAGGGACCGGUUGAUCGAAAACGAAGGAGAGGAAAAUAUGAUGACCAAGGGGUUGGUGGAGUCGUUGGAGAAGAUCGUUCCGGAGCUGCGUUUGAACACGGUGUCACGAAUGCUCGGCGAGUUGUUGGGAAUUAUUCAGGAAUCGGACGUUGAAUUUGCGAAUGAUUGUGUAAGAUCUCUUUUGCGUUAUCUACCUCUUCUCGAGCAAUACACCCUCCUUCUCCGUUACUACCUCUACGAGCAAGUGGCGUGUUUCCGUCUCACUUGCAAAUUCCUCUAUCUUCAACUGACCGUGUUCCUCGAUCUGGCGGCCGACGGUUUCUGCCUGCCGAGCGACGAGGCCGAGGCCGAGGCGGAGCGCGGGGAGGAGGCGGGGAGGAACGUCGAGGGUGGGAUGGGAUUGGCCGAGGGCGAGGGGCGGGAGGACGUGUCCGAGAGGAUCGAGAGCGAGGACCAGUUGGAGGGGGCGAGGGACCCGCGCGAGGAGGAGGAGAAGGAGGGGAAGAAGGACGUGAGCGAGGAGGAGAAGGGGAUAGAGAUGUCGGAGGAUUUCGGGGGGACGGUGCAGGAUAUGGAGCCACGGAGGGACGAGGAGGAGGAAGAGAGGGAAGAGGAGAACGAAGACAUCGACAAGGAGAUGGGUGAGACCGAUGAAACUGCCGACAAAUUGGACGAAGAGAUUUGGAAAGACGAAGAUGAGGAGGAGGAGGAUGAAAGUAAGGAGAGUGAAAAGGAGGAGAGGGGGAGAGGCGAGAAAACUGGAAAAGAGGAAUUGAGCGCGAAGGACGAGGAGACUAAAGAUAAAGGGGACGAGGAAACGGAGGAGGGCGAAAGGGAGACGGAGGGGAAGAAAGAGAUCAACGAGUUCGAAGAGCCUGAAGUGAACGAGGAUCAGAUAGAUCCGUAUCACGGAAAAAUUAGGCCGGAAAUAGAGCCGGAACCGUUCGAGCUUCCGGAGGAUGUUAAUCUGGACGAGGAAGGGAAGGAGGAUAAUCCUGAGGGCGAGGAGGAGGAUCCCUUCGACAUCGAUCAGAUGAAAGAGUCGAAAAUUUCGGAAGAAAUGGACAAGGAAGAGGGAGAAGAAGAGGAGAAACGAAAGGAGUCUGGUGAAGAGGACGAGGAGGAGGAGGAGGAGGAAGAAGGUUCAAACUUGGACAAGAGAAGAGAGGAGAAGGUUGAGAGGGAUGAGAGAAACGAGAACCUCGAGGAUGAGAAGGAGGAGGAGAAGGACAACAAUGUGGAAGAGAAGAACAUGGAGGAAGAUACGGCGCCGGCAAGUUUCGACGCUGGUAGCAAAGAGGUGGACGCCUCUGAGGAAGUUGAGUCGAGGAAGGAUGGGUCGAGGGAUGCGGUGGAAAGUCGAUUGAACGAGGAGCAAAUGGAAAUAAAUCCCGCGGAAAAUCCCGUGGAGAGUAAAAAGGAUAAAGGAACGGGUCAGUCGCAAACGGAAGAGCGCGAGGGGCAUUCUGGAUCCAAGCAAGAGGAGAAUGUCCCUAUUUCCGGCGAACAGGCAUCUUUGAAACCUGCGCCGAAACGAAGAAGGCCAGGGCAGAGCGAUGAAAAACGUAGCUUGCUCGAUGACGACGCCCAAUCUUCGGCAAAGAGGUUAAAAACCGCCGAGAUACAUGAUCGAGACACCGAGGAGGAAAGUGAGAAGAAUAAAGGCGGCGGUGAGAGCGAGACUUACGAGCAUAUCAAAAGUUCAGAGAAACACGACGAUUACGCUUUCGAUGCCGCGACCGAGGAACAAAUUAAGAAACAGGCAUCGAAUUUGGAAGAUAAAGAGGAUAAAAUGGAUGAUCAAUUGGAAGAUGACGACGUUAAAAUGCACGAGGAUCCAGAACCGAACGAUCGAGAGGAAGAAACGAAGAAGGAGCAAGCUCAGAAAUUGUCUGAAAGUAAGAAGGAAAAAUCGGCGAACGCGAGAGGCGAAAGAACGGACGACGCGGAGCAGCAAAUCGAGAUAGGGGGCGACGUUGAAGGGGAAAACGUGGAAACGAUUCGUGUUUUACGAGGGAAUGAAUCUACAAUUCAUACAAAGUUAUCGGAGACAGAGUUGCACGGAGACGUUUCUACGGAUGACAUUGCGCAAAAGAGAUCCGAGAUAGAAAGUAUGUUGGGCCAAUGGUCUCGUGGGCCGUCCUCGAUAGAGGCGGCGAAUGCUUGGAAUUCCAUAAGCGCCAUAACCGAAUCAGCUGCCAGGGAAUUGUCGGAAAAAUUACGCUUGGUAUUGGAACCGACGUUAACCUCUCGAUUGAAAGGCGAUUACAGGACUGGCAAGCGUAUAAACAUGAGAAAAGUGAUCCCCUAUAUAGCAAGUGAAUUUCGCAAAGACAAAAUUUGGUUGAGGCGUACGAAACCGUCGAAAAGAGAUUAUCAGAUAGUGUUGGCCAUCGAUGAUUCGAGCAGUAUGGCCGACAACCACUCGAAGGAAUUGGCAUUUGAAUCGCUUUCGUUGAUCGGCAAAGCUAUGACUUAUUUGGAGGUUGGUCAACUCGCUGUUGUCAAUUUCGGGGAACGGGUGAACAUACUUCAUCCUUUCGGGGAAAACUUUACAGAGGAAAGUGGCGCUAGGUUGAUUCAAGAAAUGAAAUUUGAACAGAAAAAGACAAUGAUCGGUCAGUUGCUUGAUUUCACGAUAGAAAUGUUCGCAUCUCAAAGGAGUUCUUCUGACAAUGCCAAAUUGGUUACUAUUUUAUCGGACGGUAGAGGAAUAUUCUCCGAAGGUAUAGAAACGGUGACUGCAGCAGUGAGAAAAGCUAAAUUGUUGAAUAUAUUUCUCGUCUUCAUAAUAGUCGAUAAUCCUCUCAACAAGGAUUCAAUACUUGAUAUUAGGAUGCCAGUUUUUGAUGGUGGUAAAUUAUUAGGUAUACGUUCCUACAUGGAUAACUUUCCUUUUCCAUUUUAUAUUAUUCUUAGAGAUUUGAAUAGCUUACCUGUUGUGUUGAGUGACGCAUUACGACAAUGGUUUGAAAUUGUAGGUAGAAUUGAUACUUAAAAACAAUAACAUUUCGAUAUAUAAAUAGAUUUCUUUUUUUUAUGUUUUGCAUUUGACUCGAAAUAUAAUAUAUUUCUUUAUUAAAUUUAUUCGUAUCUUUAAUCUUUUUUUAAUUCUUUCUUAUAUAAAAAUUAUAUCAAAAAUGUUAAAAAAUGGACUAAAUUAUUUGAAUUAUUGAAAAAUUGACAUUUCUUUAUUAUUAUUCUCGUGUGUAAAUAUAAAUAAGGAGAAUCGAUUAUAAGAAAAGGACAGGGAUAAAAAUUGUGAAAUCAACGCCAUUUUUAGAGUACAAAUGAAAUUAAUAUAAAUGAGGAUCAUUUCAAAGGAUCAUUUUUUAAGAACACUCAAGAGAUAGUGCUUAAUUGUUUAUUUUCGCAGAGAUAUCUUUAGUAAUUAAGAAAUGGCGCUAACAAUCAAAUCUUAUUCCUAUAUUUAUCUUUCUCUUGGAUUAUUUUCUUUGUUUAUUUUCUCUAUGAUACACGAUGGCGCUAAUUUUUAAUUUUUAUUCCAUUUUAUCCUAUCUUUAAACAAAUGUUUUUGGUACUUAAAAGAUGGCGCUAAUAAUCAAUUCUUAUCCUAUUUUCAUCCUUAUCUCUAUACGAUUUAUUCUCCUUGUCUAUAUUUAUUUCCUCUGCAGAGACGAGAUGGCGUUAAUACUUUUUUACUCUAUCUAUGCGGUUAAAAGAUCUAUGAAUACAUUUCAAUAAAUGUAUGUACUGAAUAAAAAUAUCAAGAUUGUAUCAAAAAUAAAUUAUUUUAAUCUAUUGACUUAUAUUA